AUGCUCUCUUCCAAGUUCAUCUCCAAACCCAACGUUGUUGCUAUCCAAAAGAUUGCUACUCGUUCUUUUGCCUCAGCUACUUCUAUUCCCGUCCCUGCUCCCGUUGAACAAAAGAGCAUCUUCCCCAAGAAGUAUGGAGGAUCAUAUACUGUAACUCUUAUUCCCGGUGAUGGUAUCGGUCAAGAGCUCGCUGGUGCUGUCAAGGAUGUCUUCAAGGCUGCCAAUGUCCCCGUCGACUUUGAGCAAUAUGAUGUUUCCGGUUUGACUUCUGAAGACGACUCUCUUUUCCAACAAUCCAUCGAGUCCCUUCGUCGUAACAAGGUUGGUAUCAAGGGUACGCUCUUCACUCCUACUUCCAAGCUUGGCCACAAGUCCUUCAACGUCAGCAUGCGUAAGGAUUUGGACAUGUAUGCCUCUCUCUCUCUCUGUAAGAAUGUGCCUGGUGUCGAAUCUCGUUUGAGCAAUGUCGAUAUUGCUAUUAUUCGUGAAAACACUGAAGGUGAAUACUCUGGUUUAGAACAUCAGUCUGUUCCUGGUGUUGUUGAAUCUCUCAAGAUCAUUACCCGUGCAAAGACUGAACGUAUUGCUCGUUUUGCCUUUGAUUUUGCUGUCAAGAACAACCGCAAGAAGGUUACCAUCAUUCACAAAGCCAACAUCAUGAAAUUGGCUGAUGGUCUCUUUUUGCGCACCUGUCGUGAUGUCGCCAAGGAGUAUGCUCACCACGACAUUGAAGUCAACGACAUGAUUGUUGAUAACACUGCUAUGCAACUUGUAUCUCGCCCACAACAAUUCGAUGUCAUGGUCAUGCCCAACUUAUAUGGUAACAUUGUCUCCAACGUUGGUGCUGGUUUGAUUGGUGGACCUGGUUUGAUCCCAGGCUGUAACAUUGGUCGUGAAUAUGCCAUGUUCGAACCUGGAUGUCGUCAUGUUGCUCUUGAUAUUCAAAACCAAAACAGUGCCAACCCCACUGCCAUGCUCCUCUCCUCUGUCAUGAUGUUGAGACAUUUGAACCUGGAUGAACAUGCCAACAGAAUCUCAUCUGCUGUCUAUGAGACCAUCAGCUCUGGCAAGGCCAGAACCGUUGAUAUUGGCGGUACAAGCACCACCAAAGAAUUCACUAAUGCUGUUAUCAGCUCUUUGUAA